GGUGGAUAUAAGAUUAUGGAGAUUUUGGAUGAUAUUCGACUGGUGUCGCUCGACGCAGUUAUUAUCCUCGCUCAAUUUCCGGUGAAAAAAACGGUGGCAGACGGAGCUCCGACCGCCGUGGGUCAGUGUGAAGUUGUGUUAUAUGGUGUUUUUGCUUACAUCACCUGCAAUCCAUCAAACACAGUUACUAAAUGCAUCCUCUCAGCUGGACCUGGCCGACGCCAGCUCCUUGCCAUCGGGACGACAAUUGCCCCAUGGUUAUUCUUUUGUCAGCAGACUCCAAAUUCGUUUGCUGCAGAAACAAAGAAGGGAUUUCUAUUGGUUACAGAUAGGAAGGAUGGAUACAAUUUUCUGUAUCCCUUUGGAUGGCAGGAGGUAAUUGUUCAAGGGCAGGACAAAGUCUUCAAAGAUGUGAUUGAGCCUCUGGAAAGUGUCAGCGUAAAUAUGAUCCCUACUGCCAAGCAGGAUGUACGUGAAUUUGGACCUCCAAAGGAGGUUGCUGAAACUUUAAUAAAAAAUGUCUUGGCUUCUCCUUCCCAAAAGACAAAACUGAUCGAGGCAUCAGAGAAAAACGAAAAAGGAAAGGGCGAAUUGACUUCUUUUAGCUUCUUCACUUUCUCGUUUCUUUCACGAUCAUGGAAGUGUCCAACUUACUUUGUGCUGGUGACCGUCAACAUCUUCCUCAUGAAGUGGAGGGCAAAGCUUAUUACACGUUCGAGUUCACCGCACAAGCUCCAAACUACACACGUCAUGCUCUUAGCACAAUCUGUAUUGGCAAUGGAAAGUUCUACACGCUGACAACAGGGGCGAACGAGAGGAGAUGGGAGAAAAUGAAAGACAGGCUGAAAACCGUGGUAGACUCCUUCCAGAUUUUCAAUGUCUAAUGUCGAAAUCCGUAUGUUGCUCUUUUGUUCACAUGGUAAACUAUCUAACACGUUUUUGUUUGUAUUUAUUAAUUAGACAUGUAAUUCUAUCAUAUAAAAAUUAUUAUUUUUUCUUAAGAUAUUUUUAUCAUUCAAAAUUAAUUGAGAUUUAAAUUUAUUUUAACCAUGCAACGUUUACAUUAGUAACAUGAAUAAAAUAAUUUAUAUAUUUG